AGAAACACCAGCAACUGCAUUCAACUUUGUGAAGAUCUGACUUGACUGGGGUCAGCUAAAAAAUAAAAGAGAUUUGCAAUCAUGAAGCUUAUCCUUUCUGUGCUGGUGUUGGUUAUGGUGGUUGGGGCCCAGGCGCAAUGGUACCGCUUCCCAGUAGAAGCUGCUCAAGGUGCACGGGACAUGUGGCGUGCUUACCAAGACAUGAAGGACGCCAACUAUAUCGGUGCAGACAAGUAUUUCCAUGCACGUGGGAACUAUGAUGCUGCACAAAGGGGUCCUGGAGGCAAAUGGGCAGCCGAAGUGAUCAGUGAUGGAAGGGAAUGGGCUCAACGUCUUGCCGGCCAUGGACAUGAAGACUCUGAAGCAGACCAGAGGGCCAAUAUCCACGGGCGAAAUGGUGGAGACCCCAAUGUCUUCAAACCUCCAGGAUUCGAGCCUUAAAAUGAAGCUGAGAUGACCAUCAACACAAGAGAAAACAUUUUAUUCUAAAAUUACUCUGCACCUGCUUAAAUUCUGCAUAUACAGUAUGAGAGCAGUUUUUACAUUUCGACUACUAUAGUUGACAGACAACAAAGAAAUAUUGCACUAUUUACCAUAAUUCCUGUGUAAGUAUCUUGGUCAUAUUACAUUGCUUUGAUUUCACUUUAACGGAGUAACAGGAAAGUUUAAGUCUCGUAUGUAUCCAAAAUAUUGCAGUGAUUUCAACUGAUUGCUUGCAUUGCUUUUCUCCAAAUAAAGAAAAUAAAGUAGACAAAG